AUGAACCGUACUCGUGCUCUCUCUUUUUUUUGGAAAAGCAAGAGGGACCCCAAUGUCCCAAAGACAUUUGCUGCAAUCCCGCAAAAAAUGCCAUACCAUGCAAAAUUGGAAGAAGGUAAGACCUACUAUUGGUGCGCAUGCGGACUCAGUAAGAAGCAACCCUUUUGCGAUGGUGCUCAUAAGGCGUAUAAUGAAGAACAUGACACCAAAUUGGGUCCUGUGAAAUUUACAGCCCCAAAGACCAAGAAAUACUUAUUAUGUGGGUGUAAAAACACACUUAAUAAACCGUAUUGCGAUCUCUCUCAUAUUGGGGUUGCCUUUCGUUCCUUUUUAGGAUCAAAAGAGUAA